AUGAAGGAAUUUCCUAGGAAGUUUCUUAGCCUGCGGGAUAAGAGCGGCGAGCAUCAUCGUAGCAAGUCGGCUCCUCCCGCAAACAAGGCCCGUCCCCUCUCAGCAGAAGCGUUUCGCUCCAUAUUCAAGCCCGACCAUGCGAAACAAACCCACCAAAAUGAGGUGGAAGCUGCGAGAGAGGUCGCCAAGAUUGAGGAUAUCCAGCGACGUUUGGAUCAAUUGCACAUUAUGAACAUCACCGAAGAGCAUGUCCGAGAUAUCUUGGGGACCAAAUUCGUCGAUGGAGACCCAGAACGCGCUGUCCAAUUUAUCGAUAUUGAAAAAAAGUCUUCUUCUGGAGUUAUUUUACCCUACGACCCGAGUGUCCAGAUGGUUGGUGCCGAAAACCGCAGUGCCGUUACCUGCUAUAUAGACUCCCUUCUCUUCGCCAUGUUCUCUAAGCUGGACGCCUUUGAGUGCAUGCUCAAAACCAAUUUCCCGGAGGAUGACCCCAGGCAUAGACUCGUCGUGCUUCUGCGCAUAUGGGUCAACAUGUUACGGUCGGGCAAGUUGAUUCGUACAGACUUGACUAAACUAAUACAAGAUUCCAUGGCUGAAUGCGGCUGGCCAGAAGCUCGCCUUUUAGAACAGCAAGACACCUCUGAAGCAUUUGCCUUUUUCACGGAAAAGCUAGAAUUACCUCUCCUCUCACUACAGGUUGAUCUGUUUCAUCAAGGCAAAUUCGAUAAGGACGACCACAAAAUCGUCUAUGAGAGAUUAUUGAAUUUAGCAGUACCAUCAGAUUCUGAGGGUAACGGUAUUAAGCUAGAAGAUUGCCUAGAGGAAUAUUUCAACACCCAGGUUGACGUCCUCAGAGACAGCGAGGAGGCAAAGAAGUUGUCGAUUGCGGAGGACGGUACUCCAAGCUCGCCCUCUCAGCUAUUAAUUCCCAACCAGAUUCAGUUGAUUAGAGAUGGAGAAAGCGCCGCGACACCUGCAGUCGUAACAUUAUCUCCGAUAGAGAUGUCGCCGUCGAAGCCACUGCCAGAUCAAGUCAACGGAACGAGUCAGAACAGCACUCUUGGCGAUGUAUCACAAUCAACUGCCGCGGGCAGUCAAGCAGAGGCGUCUUCUUCCCAGAUGAUGGCUAGGAAUAGGUCAACCAGCGUCAUUCAACGAGUAAUGCUUGAUGACAAAGGCCGCCCAGCCAGUUCCGAGAACAUACGCAAGAGGCUCAGUCUGAAAGGAUCCACUGUCAUCAAAGCGGUUACCAUACCUGCAUGGCAAUUCUUCCGCUUAAUUCCCUGGCACGCAGUCAACAGCACCGAGCCUCGGAACAACGUCGAAGUAGCAAUGAAUCUUGAUCAGCGCCCGGUGGUAGGCAUUUGCUUGAAGCGAUACGCCAUGACUGAGUCUGGCCAGCCUAAGCGGCACAACACUUACAUCGACAUUCCCGAGAGCAUGAGACUUCCUCACUUUAUGCUCGCUGAUGGCCCGCACAUAGAAGAGGAGACUAAUGGGUUAGCGACAGAGUACAAGCUUGUUCUGCAAUCCGUUGUCUGCCACAGAGGCGACUCUUUACAGAGUGGCCACUACAUCUCCUUUGCCAGGAUUGCCCCGAAGCUUCUCACGGAUAACAGAAGGCAUGAUUUCGAUCCACCGCCAGACUACGAAGAGGCACAAUGGGUGAGGUUUGAUGACCUAGAUAUCGGCAAACGAGUCACGUUUGUCGACGACAUAAAAGAAUCUUUAAAGGUCGAGAUGCCGUACCUACUGUUCUAUCAGAUCGUACCCAUGGUCGACGCACCUUGUCCAACAGAAAGCACAGAGGGUAGGCCGCCGUCCUACGACGAGUCAAAGAAUAGCCUUGAGAUACUGCCACUGGUAGCACACCACGAGCACAAAGCCUCUUCUUCCACCCAAGGAUUGGCAACGCAUCAUGAACAUCAAGCAUCAGCUUCAACGGGUCGUCUAGGGCAAAGCAAGCCACCCAGCAUCAGAUUAUCCGCAGAAGUUGAGCGCCCAUCCCGCAAGUGGCUCGAAGGUAUUAGCAUGAAUUUUGGUGGCUCAUACGUGGAGUCGGUCAUCUCGCGCCGCCAGAGCUUGGCUUAUACCGAUUCUGCUGCUCAUACGCCAUCCAUAACUCCCGAUGCCCAGUCGCCUGCCAUGCCGCCGGUUGACGAACCAACGACCUCAAGGUUAUCGCGUGCCGCAUCGCGCUUCAAUUUGGGCAAACAAAGUCGCCCGGCCAGUCAAUCGGGCGAGGGCCGCAUCAGUCUCAACUUGAGUCGCUUUGGCGGGCUGAUGAAGACAAACAAAGAGCCGCUGCCAGAGCCACCAGCACUGAACAUUUCAACGGCAAGCUCAACAGGACAGCCAAGUCCCCAGCCAGGGUCGCCCACAUCACUGGAAAAGCAGUUGCAUCAUCACCCCACCAGCAUUGAGAAGCAGGACAAGCUGGAUAGAAAUGACAAAUCUGAAAAGAUAGAGAAGGCUGAGAAGCACAAGCACAAGAGGAAAAAGUCCAAAGAGAAAAAUGAAAAACAGAAAUCGGGGGAUCAGCCAGAGCGGGAGUGUGUGGUGAUGUGA